AUGGAGAAGACUACUCUAAUCAUUUUUGUUGGUAUCACAGCCUGUCUUGUCUCCACUACUUCAGCAACAGCAGGAAUUGCCACCUUCUAUACUAGUUAUAUUCCUUCUGCAUGCUUUGGAAAUCAAAACAAUGGUAACAUGAUCGCAGCAGCUGGAGAUGCUUUGUGGAAUAAUGGGGCAGUGUGUGGAAAAACAUUCACUGUAACGUGCACAGGAGCUCGAAAUGCAGUACCACAUCCAUGCACAGGCAAGAGUGUAACCGUGAAGAUUGUGGAUCACUGUCCAGGAUGCCCCUCAACCCUUGACCUCUCCAAAGAAGCCUUCACUCUGAUUGCUGACCCCGUUGCUGGUAUCAUUAACAUUGACUACAAGCAGCUUUGAAAAAAAUUUGGCACACAAUGCAAACUCAAGAAGUUUAGAGAUAAAUGUUCACUGUAAUAAAAUAUUUCUGUUUGUAAUAAAUUUCCAUAGUUGAAACAACACUGAAAUGGAAAAAUGAAAGCUUAUUUUUG